UUGCACAAAAAAUAAAAAAAAGUGCGAGGUAGCGAGAAAUGGCGUCGCAAGUUGUUUUUUAUUCGUAAUCAAUGUGUUUCUAAUCAUUAUAGAUGAUUGUAAAAGCUAUAUGUAUUGUUAAGAUAAUACUGAUCAGUUCCGUCGAUGUUUAAUUGAAGAACUGUGGUUAUUUUGACGUGAUUACAUCUUUGACCGUCGGACAAUGGCGUCGUCGAACGAAGCGAGAGUUACCAAUGUAAAAGUUAGUGAAAAUCGCGAUUUCGUUGACGAUUACUGUGGCUCCAAUAGCUUGGAAGAUGCCGGCGAAGGUGCUAAGCGUCGUCGUACAGCAUACGACUGUAAAACUGUGUCUCAACAGGGAUGCGGGACAAGUGUGUCAACUGAUCUAAAACAUACACCAUCAUCUGAAUCCAAAGGCAAAAAGCGCAAGCUCAGCGAAUCAUCAAAGGAGCUAUGUGUGUGGGGCGAAAACGCUCGACCUUCGAAGCAGAGCAAGAUAUGGCCAGUGUUCGACUCCGGAGGGUACGGCAACGGAGCCGUGCUGAAGCUCAAUGUCCUCAAGAAGACACCCCCCAUCAAGAACCCCCUGCUCUUCCACACCACUUGCAAUCAGGACAUUGAACUCUCAGAAAUCAACCGUGACCCCUUCAAAGCAGACUGGUUCGGUGGUCUCCACGCCUGGUGGAAGCAAACCCAGAUGUCCAACAAAAUGGCUGAUGAUGACGUCACAAAGAAGAUAUUCUCUUCAGUCUCCCGUCAACUGAGGAUCAUCAACACCCAUUUUCAAAGGUCCAUGUUCAAAUACAAGUAUCCCAGGGUUACGAGACAGAAUGUCCUUUUAGAGAACUCCUCGGGGAUUCGGAGACCAGCUACUCAUUUUAACCUGACGUUGAAAGCUAUCAGGUUCCAGUGCAAUCCUCGGAGGGAGUUGCCCUGCUAUGGCAAUCUGGAACUGCCCCUGAAGAUGAAGCAAGAGAAUGUGAAUUCUCAAGUGUUUCCUGCGAUAAGAAAUGUGAAGAGUGAGACAGUGAGUGACGUGAAGGUUAAAGUAGAGAAAGAGAGGGACAGGGAGAAGGAGAAGGAGCGAGAGAGGGAUAGGUCAUCCCACCGUCAUUCCUCGUCAUCUUCAUCGUCAUCGUCCUCGUGCCACCACUGCCGGCGCCGCGCCCGCAUCAAGCGGUGCUCCAUCGGUGUCCAGUGCCGCAGGGACCGGGCGGCCGGAGCACCCCUACCCAAUGAUAGCUGGGGACCUCUCGCUGAGACACCCACCGUCAAGGAACUUAAAUAUCAUCGGCUGAUGCGAGUGGAGACGCACCCCAACGGCGGAGCGAGCGUGGUGUACCUGCACCAACGCGACGUGGACAUGCUCAGCGCGCCGCAGCAGGAAGCACUCGCCAAGGAGUUCUUGAAGCUGGUGUUCUCGGAAGACAGUGCAGGCUGGGCGCACUUCGUGUGCGGCGUGGUCCGCGGCGCGGCCGGGGCCUUCCCCUGUCUGCUGCAGUACCUCGCCUCCGCGCAUCCCACGCUCACCGUGAAGGCUGGAGUCCUCGCCCGGGCCUCCGAUAUCGAGACUACCACCGUCAGCCGAUAUUAUCAACAGGUGCAACAAUCGUACGCGGCGGGCACGUUCCGGUGCGGGCCGCUGCACCAGAUCUCGCUGGUGGGCACCGUGCACGAGGAGGUGGGCGGCUACUUCCCCGACAUGCUCGACAUGCUCGCCACCUGCCCCUUCCUCAAUAUGACAAUGCCGUGGGGUCCAAUGUCGGCAGUGGAGAUGGAGCCGCAGGAGUCCAACGACGGACCCAUCCUGUGGAUCCGUCCCGGGGAACAACUUGUACCCACUGCUGAGCUUGGCAAGAGUCCUAUUAAGAAGAGGAGGACGGGUAUCAACGAGCUCCGCAACCUGCAGUACCUGCCGCGCUGGAGCGAGGCGCGGGAGUUCCUGUUCGAGGACCGAACCCGCGCACACGCGGACCACGUCGGCCACGGACUCGACAGGAUCACUACUGCUGCAGUCGGUGUUCUAAAAGCGAUCCACUGCGGCGACGAGUCGGACCGCGGCCGCAUCACGAAGGACGUGGUGGCGUUCCACGCCGCGGACUUCAACAAACUGGUGCAGCUACUGCAGCUAGACCUCUACGAGCCUCCCAUCUCCCAGUGUGUCACUUGGUUGGAUAAGCGAUUGAACCAGCUCCGCCGCGAGGGAGUCCGCUACUCGCGCCUCCCGCUGUGCUCCGACGACAUCUACUUCCUGCCGCGGAACAUCAUACACCAGUUCCGGACUGUGUCCGCUGUCACCUCUGUCGCAUGGCACUUACGCCUGAAGCAGUACUACCCAACAUCGGAGGCUUCGUCCCCGGCCGACGAGCGACCCGCAGACCCUGUGCCCGUCACCAUCAACCAUACUACUGAGCCCAAAAAGUCAGCUAAACACAAAGCCGGUGUUAUUGAAAUGAGGGCGCUGAGCGCGAAGUUCCACCAAAAGUUAAAUCAGAAGACUGCGCUGAAAGUCGCACCCAACAGGAAGAGCGUCGAGACACAAGUCAAGAGCGCAGACAAGAAGACGGAAACAAAGUCCGACAAACAAGACACAAACAAAUUGGACAAAAUUGAAGCCAAAUCUGACAAAUCAGAGCCGAAAGUCGAAAAAACAGAAUCCAAAGUUGAUAAAUCAGAACCCAAGUCUGACAAAUUAGAUGGUAAGCCUGACAAAAACGAUUUGAAAGCUGAAAAGACUGAUUUAAAGACACCCGAGAAGGUAGAGCCCAAAGCUGAGAAAACUGAAAUCAAAGAAAAAUCUGACAAAGUGGAUCAGAAGCCUGACAAGUUAGACAAACCAGACAAAAUUGAGCAGAGGAUAGAGAAAUCUGAAAUCAAGCAUGAAACCCCAGAUAAGGACAAAACUAGACCGGAGAAAACAGAAAUCAAAACUGAGAAACCAGAAUCAAAAUCUGACAAAAUCGACACAAAGUCAGAUAGGACAGAUAAACCUGACAAGAACCACAGGCACAAGGAUUCUGACAAGCAUCGUUCAGACCGUUCAGAGAGGUCAGACAAGACAGAUAUAAGGCACGAGCGGUCUGACAAGGACAGGUCAGACCACCACCGCCGUCGCUCAUCGUCGUCCCGUCACAAAUCCUCUCAUCACAAGUCGGACCGACCGAGGGAACAUAAGAAAGAGCACAGGAGUUCGGACGAGAGGAGAAAUGAGAAACAUAGAGACAGGUCUGACAGCAGUAGAGAUAAGUCAGACAAGAUGGCCGACAGCGGGAAGUUACCAGUGGACGUGGUCCAACGACCACCAGAUUAAUGGACUAGAGUGAUACAGUGAAGUGAGUGUUUCGUGAAGGAUUUUGAUCAGUAAGUGUGUUGUUAUAAGUUUCAUCAUAAGAUCUUGAUCACUUUUGAAUUGGUUUCGGAGCGGAUCUCAUAUUUUAUACGUCUGAUUUGUGUGACUGAUCGAUUUGGGAAAUUAUUAACUAAUUUAUUGUACUAUCCUUUAGUAUAAUUGUUAUUUUAUUGACAUUUCGCUGUCUAUUCAACGCUAUUCUCUUUACUACACUAUAAAACGGUGGGACGCUUUGUAUAAUGCCGUCUUUUUGACCGGCGGAGAGACUGUUUGUCUGCGGAUUUUGAAUUUGGACGUUUUCAAGUACAAACUCUUUAUUCCUGCCGUUCUAUAGUGUAGCUAAUGUUUUUGAACUGCCUGUUACAUGAAACAUAUAUUUGAAGGGGCCAAACGACACGAUUUUGCGGAAAAAAAUGAAAUCAUUGACACUGCACUUCAAUAUAUAAUUAGGUGAAUGUAGAAAGUUGUUCAAUAACUCGGGGUCCUUCAUGAAAUAACACCAACUUCUUAGCACUAGGGUACACUGUAAAUAAUAUUUAUAAGCAGCCUCUUAGAGGCUAAGCAGAAAUGGUUCUUGAAUGAACGCGCAGUUUUAGAUUUCUUUCCGAUUGUCGAAUAUGCGCGGUUAAUUCCAGUGUUGCUAUAUUAUAAUGGUGUUGCCAACCCGUGUGUGAAAUAAAUACCAAUGUUGGAUCAUUCCUUUAUAUGUUGAAAUUCUGAAACUAAUCAUACAUAUUCUUCAAUUAGAUUUUUAACAAUCUUCAACUGUUUUGAUUUGUUUUAUUAUAAUGACAGAUUUACAGAAAUAAUUCUGUGUCAAUUACGAAAAAGUUUGAUAUAUUUAGGUUGUUAUCAAAUGGAAAUUAUUUAUUUUAUUUAUCUAUUAUACCAAACUUCAUGAAUCCCAGUGAUUUAAAUAAGAAAUCUUAAAGAGCAGCUAUCCAUGAUGAAUCAAAUGAUAAGUUUAUUUAUAAUUAAUACUGAAGAAUUCAGUUAAUCUAUUUUAAAAUAAUUUUCUUAACAAAAUCAUAAAAAGUGGAAUAAAAUCAGUAUUUCUGAUCCCAGUCUUCAAUUUUAGUGUAAAUGUAAAUUAAUUAAAUACAUAUUAUUUUUUACAGCAUUUCAGUCCAUUUCAUAUUAUGUAAAUUUUAUUUGAUUCCUAUAAAUCAAUUUCAUAUUACAAAAUCUAAAACUGCGUCGCGUAUGUGAUUUGAGAGAGUUUUAAACGAAACGUAAAUGAAAGAAUAAUAUUAAUAAAAAAUAAAUAAAUUUUAAGUAAAUAUAAAUUUAUUCACACAUAUUUCUAAAAAUUGCACUAGAAGAGUAAAUUAUUAUAUAUUAUUAUUAUUCUGAAUAGAUUACACUGUCUACUGUCGGUGACUAAUCCAUUAAAAUGCGAAAUAAAUCUAAAAAUAAUCUAUAUUUUACCACUAAAAUCAUAAAAUAAUUAUGGUAGAAAUUUUUAAAACCUACUGUUCAGUUUAAUUUUUUGCUCUGGCUACACUAAACAAGUGUUGCCAUACAGACGCUCCGGCAGUAGACAUUAUAUUUGAGGUUAUUUCUCGAGUUUUAUGGAUUCAUAUAUUUUGGUACUUACAUAUUGUUUUGUGACCACGCAUUGUGCAAAUAUGGCUCCAAUUUUUAGUAUUCAUUCCUCUCUUUCGGGGAUGACCUACUUUAUAUUGAUUUUGUAACAUAUUUGAAAUUUCUUAAUUUACCCUAAUACAAAGAAAUAGGUUAUGAAACAAAGACGUUUAUGCAUGUCUAAAAAAUAAUCCUAAUGUGGGAUAACAUUUGUCUUUUUUUAAAAUAUCAAUAGUGUUAUUUGGUGUGUGUAGUUUGUUUACAAACAUUUUACAUCGGUAUUCGCCUUAAAUACCUGGACAAAGACCAUUAAAAUAUUAAACAGCUAUAACACAUAUUAUACUUAUAUGUAUAAAAUUUCGAAAACCAAUGCGGUGGUCACAAAAACAAUGAAAGAAAACCUUUUUAAAAGUCAUUGAAUGUAAAAGAAAUAGUGUUGAGAUUGUGUUGAAGUGUUUAGCCGCUCCAUAGCUUCUUAUUUUGUAAUACAAAUUAUACAAUCUAACUUUAUCAUAGGAUCUUUGAAUAUGUGGUGCGAACUAAGCCAUAAAUUCUUUGUCUGAUACAUUUAUGCAUAAAAACUUUGUUUGUCUGUCAGUUUUUUAAAUGUUUUGAGAGAUCCCUAGAUGGUGUUUGUGUUUGUCUAAAAUGCGUAUAGUUGUGAGAUAAUCAGUUAAUUUGACGCCUGUUUCAACACCUUCAUAUAAGUACCGGAUAAACUUAUGUGACAGAUAGUUCAUACAUAUUACGUUUUUAAUUCAAAGUUAUCUAAACCAUAGCGGUUAUCCAGACAUUUUGAAAUAGGCCCUUAGUCCAUUUUUUCGUACCUGAUGUCAAAAUUAUACAUACCUAAUGUAUUUAUUGCAGACGGUUUUACUAAUUCUUGUGUGUAUGGUAAUGGUAAAAUGUGAAAAUGUUAUUUACAUUAAUUUUUUAUUUCUUGAAUGGCAACCGAGUCUCCAAAGCAGUGUUGUCGAUUAUACUGCCAGUGUCGAGACGGCAGAUUAAUACACCGUCGAACUUUAACUUUCUGAUUGGGUUUUGUAUGUGUGUCAUCCAAACUACCAGGCAAUUAUUUUACCCAUAAUUCUGAAGAUUUCCAACUAAAUAUACACAAAGUUAAACCAUCUAGGGAUCGUAAAAUUGUACUGUGUAUUAAAUAUAACUACUACAGUAAUGUUAGAAAUGGUAUACAUAAAAACUUAGCUCGCACCACCUCCCAAAAUACUAAAUGCAGCAAUAAUAUAGUGACUUGUCCGUUAAAUGCCCUAUCUGUUACUUAGAUGAAGACAGUAUUAUUAAUGUUUAUAGACAAUUCUAGUGACGAACUUAGCACUCUGCUUAUCCUAAGGAAAGCAACCAGCAUCUUAUGUGACUUAUGACCUGAUUUUACUAUUUUAUAAAAGCGACAUCUGUUGGUGUCCCUUUGGAACGAAAGUUGGAAGUGUAUGUCGAUAGAUGGCGCUGCAGUCAGCAAGCGUAUUUUAUUUUCUCUUGGAUUACAAGUUGUCGUGAUUCUUUCUCAGUGUUUAGGUAAGAUUGCAGGCUUGUGUUGAUGGAAAAUGCAUUAUUGAUCUCACCCUUUAUCAAGGUACUUUAAUGUAAAAGUUUUCAAAAUGCAAGUUUUCAUCAACUCGAGACUUUAAAAUACCUAAGUACCAAAUGUAUAUAUAAAUGUCAAUCGAAACUAAUCACAGAUUUUUUUCAAAGAAAUAAUUUAUAUUUUGCGCAAAACAUUUUUUUUCGUAGCUGUAACGUUGAUUUUUUUAUUUUAAAAUGUAAGAAAAUUUGUGAGUUUAAGUUAGCCCAGAUUAUUUGCGAUCGAAUGUACAUUUUGUAUAUUUUAUACUGCAUAGGUUAAGUGUUAUGGAAUAAUAGAUGUCUAGAUUUACUUAUGGGACGUUCAAAUUUUAUUGUUAAAAAUUAUAUAAGUCAAUAUUUUUGCAUAAUAAAUAAUUUUCGGGGUAGGCGCUGAGUUUGAAAAAAAAAGACUAUUUUGUCUAAAAGUUUAUUUAUUAGAAUUGGAUGUGGAAUUUUAAUGAUGCUUCCAUAAGUAAACCUAAUCAUGUGAAUGGUAUGAAAACUCGAAGGGCUGGUAGGUAAUCCAAAAGACAUUUGAAAUGUUGUAAAGUAAUUGUAAUUUACAAUCUAGCAACAUACUACGAUCGCCUUGAGAGGACAAUACCCUCUGAAAUUGUUUUAAUAAUUUAAGAGUUUUCAUUUAUCACAUAAGUAUGUGUUAACUUCGAUCAUAAAUAUGAGAGAGUGAAUAUUUUUGAGUCAAAUGUCGUCGUGCGCUAGUCAAAGCCAAAAACAAAAUGAAAAUCAUUCAAAAACAUAAUUUCUUGCCUUAAUUUUACUCUAUAAUUGAAUUGAUGUCAAUUCUACUAACUUCGAUGUCUACCACGCUAGAUGGCGCUGUACUAUAGUUUUGAAUGUUUCGUUUGUUUUGGUACAUUUGACUGGCUGACGAGUCUCAAGUCUGAAAUACAGACAUUUUUGUGAUUGAUAAAUAUUUAACAUAUUUAUGUUUAGGUGGUUAAUUUAUUGUUUCACGUUCCCUAUAUUUUUUUGAAAAUAAUAAUUAGAUUAUAAAUAGA